AUGAGGCAUCGUGAGACCUCCCCACGCCUCUUCCUGACCUUUCAGUGUCUAGUCCUUUUGGUGAUAGUGGUCCACAAUGUCCACCAUGUGACAGCCGAACAUGCCCCAGAUCACAGCCAGGAUCAUAGUUCUCCUGCCAACAAAUCUUUGAGCUGUGGGGGCGGCUCAGCCAUAUGUGCCCCUGGAGUCAUCCUUCCAGUGUGGGAACCCCCAAAUCCUUCCUUUGGGGACAAGGUAGCCCGGGCCACCGUUUACUUUGUGGCACUGGUAUACAUGUUUCUGGGGGUUUCGAUUAUUGCUGAUCGCUUCAUGGCAUCUAUCGAGGUCAUCACCUCACAGGAAAAGGAGAUCACCAUUAAGAAACCAAAUGGUGAAACGACCACCACAACUGUACGCAUCUGGAAUGAAACGGUGUCCAACCUUACCCUCAUGGCUCUGGGUUCUUCUGCUCCUGAAAUUCUGCUGUCGGUCAUUGAAGUGUGCGGCCAUAACUUUGAAGCUGGUGACCUCGGUCCCUCUACCAUCGUCGGCAGUGCAGCUUUCAACAUGUUUGUCAUUAUUGGAAUCUGUGUCUAUGUGGUGCCCGACGGAGAACAUCGCAAAGUGAAACACCUGCGUGUGUUUUUUGUUACUGCUGCUUGGAGCAUUUUUGCCUAUUUGUGGAUGUACCUGAUCUUGGCUGUUUUGUCACCUGGUAUUGUCCAAGUGUGGGAGGGUCUUCUCACUCUUUUCUUCUUUCCCAUAUGCGUGGUCUUCGCUUGGAUCGCUGACCGCCGCCUCCUGUUUUACAAGUAUGUUUACAAGCGCUACCGAGCUGGCAAGCACCGUGGCAUGAUUAUCGAGACAGAGGGGGACCGGCCCUUACCAUCCAAGGUGGAUAUCGAGAUGGAUGGGAAAAUGCUGAACUCCCAUGCCGUGGACUUCUUGGAUGGAACUCUGGCUUUGGAACUGGAGGAUAAAGACCUGGAUGAGGAUGAAGCUAGACGUGAAAUGGCGAAGAUCUUGAAGGAACUGAAGCAGAAACAUCCAGAUAAAGAGGUGGAGCAGUUGAUUGAACUAGCUAAUUACCAGGUGCUCAGCCAGCAGCAGAAGAGCCGUGCAUUCUACCGAUGCCAGGCAACCCGCUUGAUGACCGGAGCAGGUAACAUUCUGAAGAAACAUGCGGCAGACCAGGCUCGUAAAGCAGUGAGCAUGCAUGAGGUACGCAGUGACACUGGUGAGAAUGACCCAAUUUCUAAGAUCUUUUUUGACCCUUGCUCAUACCAGUGCCUGGAAAACUGUGGCACCGUGGCAGUGAAUGUGAUCCGUCGUGGAGGCGAUCUCAAUCAAACCGUGUCCGUGGAAUUUCGCACUGAAGAUGGAACCGCAAAUGCUGGCUCAGACUAUGAGUUCACUGAAGGUACCGUUGUUUUCAAGCCUGGUGAGACACAGAAGGAAAUCCGAGUUGGAAUUAUUGACGAUGACAUCUUUGAAGAAGACGAGAACUUCCUCAUCCACCUAAGCAAUGUCCGUGUGGUUCAUGAGGGUGAUGAGCCAGAGACCACUGAAGCCAAUCAUGUGGAGACCAUUGCAACACUCGGUCUGCCCUCCACAGCAACAGUCACCAUCUUUGACGAUGACCAUGCUGGAAUCUUCACAUUUGAAGAGCCGGUCACCCAUGUGAGUGAGAGUGUGGGUGUCAUGGAAGUGAAGGUCCUGCGUACGUCUGGUGCCCGUGGGGUGGUGUCAGUGCCAUAUAAAACCAUUGAGGGAACAGCCCGUGGAGGGGGAGAGGACUUUGAAGACAGCCAUGGUUUUCUGGAGUUCCAAAACGACGAAAUUUUGAAGACGAUAACAGUCAGGGUUCUCAAUCGAGAGGAGUACCAUAAGCAAUGCAGCUUUUUCAUAGAGCUUCAGACGCCACUUUGGAGAAGGAGAGGAUGGACAGUAUACAGAGACGAGGAGAAGGAGGUGGUGAAAGAAGAGGAGGAGCCUCUGACAGGUGAAGAAGAGGAAGAACGCCGCAUUGCUGAGAUGGGAAAACCAAUGCUUGGAGAUCACCCCAGAGUAGAGGUUAUCAUCGAGGAGUCCUAUGAAUUUAAGAACACCGUUGAUAAGCUGAUUAAAAAGACAAACUUGGCUCUUCUGGUUGGCACCAACAGCUGGAGGGACCAGUUUAUUGAGGCCAUUACGGUCAGCGCUGGUGAGGAUGAUGAUGAUGAAGAAUGUGGAGAAGAGAAGCUUCCCUCCUGCUUCGAUUAUGUCAUGCAUUUCCUAACCGUCUUCUGGAAAGUUCUCUUUGCUUUCGUGCCACCCACCGACUAUUGGAACGGUUGGGCGUGUUUCGUGGUGUCAAUCAUUAUGAUUGGCGUCCUGACGGCUUUUAUCGGUGACCUGGCAUCUCAUUUCGGCUGCACCAUCGGUCUCAAAGACUCAGUCACAGCAGUGGUGUUUGUGGCACUGGGCACUUCAGUACCAGACACAUUUGCCAGUAAAGUGGCAGCGAUACAGGAUCAGUAUGCCGAUGCAUCCAUUGGAAACGUGACGGGCAGCAACGCCGUGAACGUGUUCCUGGGCAUCGGAGUGGCCUGGUCCAUCGCCGCCAUCUACCACAACUCAAAGGGCAACGAUUUCAGGGUGGAGCCAGGAAACCUGGCCUUCUCCGUCACCCUCUUCACCAUCUUCGCCUUCAUCUGUGUGGCGGUGCUCAUGUACCGGCGCCGGCCCGAUAUCGGCGGUGAGCUGGGGGGUCCGCGGACUGCGAAAGCGCUGACCACAAUGCUCUUCGUCAGCCUUUGGCUCCUCUACAUCCUCUUCUCCUCUCUGGAGGCUUACUGCCACAUCAAGGGCUUCUAA